AUGUCCCAGUUCUUCAAAUGCUGUAAGCAGUUCAACUGUUUUUUUCUCCUCCUUCUCAGACUGUUUGCAGGUGUCACGGUGAGGGCAGCAGUGGAUCUGCAGAAGAGAAUCAUUGGGGGUGAACCAUGUGAGCGUCCGUAUCAUGUCAAACUGAGAGCAGUUGCUGCUCGUGGAUCUUACAAGUUGUGUGGUGGCUCUCUAAUCAGUGACAAAUGGAUCUUGACGGCAGCUCACUGUUUUAAGACAGGAAGGACUAUGUAUGCAAGUGUCAAUGCAGCACAAGAAGUGAAAAUAACAGCAAAACCGGGAGAUUCUGGUGGAGGAGUGGUGUACAAAAACAAGAUUUACGGUGUUAUUUCUUUUCUUGGCAAUGCUCAAAAUGUUUGUGCAAAAGCAAGUGCUUACAUGGACGUCUGCAAUGAAAAAUAUUUUUCAUGGAUCCGUGAAACUAUUUCCCAUUCCCAACUGGGUGGUGCUAGAGUGUGA